CAGUGGAGGGAUUGGCAGAGAGGGGUGGGGGACACUGAAUGGAGGCCAGUGGAGGGAUUGGCAGAGGGGGGUGGAGGACACUGAGUGGAGGCCAGUGGAGGGAUUGGCAGAGGGGGGUGGCCAUUGGCAGAGGGGGGUGGCGGAAACGGAGCGAUUGGAAAGGUGAAUGAGUCUGGCAGCCGUAUUCAGGAUGGACUGAAGCGGGGAUAGCCAGCGGUGAGGCAGGCCAGUGAGGAGGGAGUUGCAGUAGUCGAGUCGCGGAGUCUGCAUGUUGCGGAGGCGGAGUCUGCAUGUUGCGGAGGUGGAGUCUGCAUGGCGGAGGUGGA